AUGAAGAAAUAUCUGAGUGGCUCGAUCUCAAAUCUCACACAAGCGGAAGCAAGAUCGUAUGACAAGAUCGCGGCUGACUACGAGGUAGACGAGCAGGAUCUACUCUUUUACUGCCCGCCGACGCCCAGAUCGGGAGACGAUCGCGAUCGAUUGUUGAGAUUGGUAGUUCCCGAAACGCUGCAGUCGGACAAGGAGGACAUCAAGGAGUGGGGCGGACCUACCAGCGGAUCAGGGAUCACUUCCAUUGGAGGGGAUUAUACCGGAAGUGUUCAGCGAUAUGUGGGGGAAUAUGUGGAUUGCGAGACAGGAAAAGGAAAACCGGUGAUCCGGGGUGAAUCACCGGGGAACUUGCAGGCGACGUACCCGUUCCAGAUUAUUGCGAUGGAUCACAUACCGUCGCUACCCAGAUCCCACAAAGGAAACACAGAGUUAUUGAUCUGGAUCGAUCUCUUCACAGGGUAUGUGAUUGCAAAGGCCAGCUCGUCCCGAUCGGCCCAGACGGUUGCGGAAUCGUACGAAGAGUGUGUAUUUCGGCGAUUUGGUGCCAGUGAGAUGAUCCGGCAUGAUCGAGAACCAGGCUUCAUGUCGUCCCAUUUCUUCCGGGCGUUUAACAGGAUCCUGGGACAACGGCAGCGGGCGACGAUCCUGUUUGGUCGGCAGGUGGAGGAAAUAGGGGUCCAGCAGGAUGUCGAUGUCGGCCCACUGUUCUCUCAUCAUUAG